AUGCCCACAGCGAAGUACGAUUUCUCGUUGGAGCAACCAGUCAUGGCAUAUUUUGAGUCCCAGCCAUGGCAUCCUCAUCAAAUACAAAAGGCCGUUCAGAUGGGUAAAUGGAUGUCUACAGGCCUUGGCUUGUGCUACCCAUUUGUCUCCAAGGAGGCGCAAGUGGCAAUUGGCAUCUUCUCGACCUACGUGCUUUUCAUUGAUGAUCUUAGCAAGGAGCUUCAACAUGCACUCUUGGAGUUCGAGACCAAUUUGAUUUGUGGAAAGCCACAACCCUGUUCCAUCCUUCAGUCUCUGGUUGAGUUUCUACCUGAUAUUGGCCAAUAUUACGGUCCUUACGCCAGGGGAAUGAUUGCCAAAGCGACAAUAGAGUUCAUCAAUGGAUGUCUCCUAGAAUGCUACUAUGAUGGAAAAAUGGUGCCUCCCAUCGGUGCUCUCAACUUUCCUUCCUACUUCCGCCUAAAGACAGGAUAUGCAGAGCCUCACACCCACUUCGUUUUUCCCGAGGGCAUCUAUCCAGAAGAAUCAUAUUUGAAGUGUUAUCUUCCCAUUCUUCCUGAUUUAUGCAAUUUUAUCAACUACGGGAACGACAUUUUAUCCUUCUACAAAGAGUCAAUGGUAUCGAAUGAGCGACUCAACUACAUCUGCAACUACUCCAAAGUUCACGGCCUCACUAUUUCUGAUUCACUGCGCUCGGUGUGUCGAGAAACUGCUCAAAAUUUGAAGAAUAUUCGUGCUGUACUAUCGAACGAACCUGAGAUAUUAAAGACUACCGAAAUGUUCGUACAAGGCUAUAUAGCUUGGUAUUUGAACCAAACUCGCUACAAGCUUGCUGACAUGGUAAUUCACGGCUCUGAUGGUGGAAUAAUCAAACGAACUGUCUCUCAACCUAUGGCUUAA